CAAGCAAAGUCCUUUAUGCAGAUAAUGUUAUUGAUUGAAUUAAUUAAAAUAUAUAAACGUUCUAAAAAGUAAUAACUUAUACCAUAGCCUUUUUGCUACAGGAUUGUGGUUUUUUUACUUUUUAAAAUAUGGAAUAUUGUACUCAAUCAUCUUUACCGCGCUGUAGAAUUUCGACUUAAAAUGGAGAAACAUGCUGGCCCAGAUUUGUCAGUUUCUUGCUGUUGACUCAAGCAAUUUUCCUCAAAAUGAACAUAUUAUCAUUGGAGAUAGGUCCCAUGAAGGUGGUUUCUUAAUACAUUAUUUCCUAAACUUGUGCCUGAAGCAAAAAAGACCUGUGUGUUUCAUCGGACUUUCCCAAUCUUUUAAUCAUUUUAACACUGUUGCUCAAAAGCUUGGGACCAACCUACUUUCGGCUCGGGAUGAGAACAAAAACCUUUUAUUUUUAGAAGGUCUCAAGCUAUUAAGCGAAUGUAUUACGCAGCCCGCAACUGAAUUGAGUGAAACUAAGCUAUUCUUAAGUCUCUUGAGUGGUGAUCAAACACCAUUUUUAGAUUUUAUUAAAUCAGCACUUGUUAAAUUAUCUCAACUGAGCCCCCACAGUGCUGGCCCUGUUGUUAUUGUUGAUGAUUUAACAGUUCUUUUGAGGGCAGGUCUUACUACACCAGAGUUAACAUAUUUUGUUAACAGUCUCAAUAAUAUUGUUACACUGGGAGCUCUGAAAGGAUCACUAGUGCUAUUUUCCAACUUGGAUGAAGAGGAUGAAGAAGCAAAUGAAGUUUGGGCAUUUAUGUCACACUUAUCAAGUCUCAAAAUUGAGGUUUCAGAUCUGAAAUCAGGUUACUGUAAGGAUGUGCAUGGUCAGAUAUUAAUUGAAUGGAAAGAUUCUCCUUUGAAGCCCAGGAAACAUAUCACGAAACACACUCAAUUUAAGUUGUCAGAUAAAAGUGUGGAGCUAUUUGCCUCUGGAAUGUCCGCUGCAGUGCUAUGAAUUUAACCAGUUGAAGCUUGUCAUUUAAACAUGAGUAAUUAAAAGUAAAUAACAAAUUCGAGUCAAUUUUGUUCAAGUUAUGGAAAUAAGGCAGUUUGUGUGCUAUCUUUUCAACUAAAAAUGAUUACCAUUUGCAUCAACGCUAUAUAGAGAUGGUAUACUGGAUACA